GUCCUCACCACUGCUGGUUUCACUGGCCAUCUUCUUUUCCUCGUCUGCAGUCUCUGGUCAUCUCCUGUACUGUGUCCGCAGUCUCUGGUCAUCUCCUGUACUAUGUCCACAGUCUCUGAUCAUCUCCUAUACUGUGUCCACAGUCUCUGGUCAUCUCCUGUACUAUAUCCACAGUCUCUGGUCAUCUCCUGUACUGUGUCCACAGUCUCUGGUCAUCUCCUGUACUGUGUCCGCAGUCUCUGGUCAUCUCCUGUACUGUGUCCGCAGUCUCUGGUCAUCUCCUGUACUGUGUCCGCAGUCUCUGGUCAUCUCCUGUACUGUGUCCGCAGUCUC